AUGAUCAGCAGUCCUUUGGUUCGGCCCGCGACGCUUCCAGACCCUUAUGUGGUCGACAAGCGCGUCGCCACUGGCGUGGUAGGCACCGUGUACAGAGCUCACAACUCUGAGACCCAGGCCCCAGUCAUUGUGAAGAAGGUUAGCUAUCUAGGGAUCCGGCUGAAUGACACGCAGGCAAUUUUGGACGAUGUAGAGGCGCUUUCGCAACUCUCGUCUCCGUACCUGACCCACCUCGAGUCGGUGAUUCAUGAUUCGCGCCACCGUCUUUACUACUUGAUCUCCGAGGUCUGCGUCUCGAACCUGCAGCUUCUUAUUAGCACACACAUCAAGGAGAACCGCUUCCUUGCAGAGGAGCGCAUCUGGAGCCUUCUGGAGCAGGCUCUUAAGGCGCUUGACUACCUGCAUACGGCGGAGAAGAGAAUCGUCUUCAAGGACGGCCGCGAGCUCAAGUACCGCGAGGUCUGCCACGGGAAUCUCAAGCCUUCGAACGUUAUGAUCAGCGAGACAGGCGUCGUCAAGCUCGGCGAUUUCUCCAUCAACAAGGCAAUCAGCCAGCUUUUCAUGGACAAGGCAAGCCACCAAAGUGUCCAGUACAUGGCUCCGGAGCUCUUCGAUAGCGACGGUUCGCGUCCCGAGUACAGCCCCGCCUCGGACAUCUGGUCUCUUGGUGCGAUUAUCUACUCUGUUGCCAUGUUGCGCGCGCCCUUUGUAGCUCCUACCAAGGACGACACCAUCAAGAAGAUCUGCACUGGCACCUAUUUACCUAUCAUCAAUUACUCGACCGAUCUGCAGAAUGUCGUGGCACGGAUGAUGGACUUGUCGCCCGCAAACCGCCCCACAGCAGCUUCUCUUCUCACCCAUCCGAAGAUCGAUAAAGCUACAGAGAGGUUCAUGUCGUUCUUAACAGCGUCCCUUCCAACUUUCGACACCCACGAGGAAAGACACGAUGAGAAACCCGACACGAUUCUUCUGUCCAUCAAGAACAUGGUCUCAGAGGAGGAGAGCGUGGAAAGACUCCAGGACGAGCUGGAUCCGCCAAAGGAUAGGUUCCUUGACGCACUUCUCACUCGCAAGGCUGAGAAGCCCGUCACAGACUCCGCCAUCUUUGUGCCUCCUUCUGUAGAUCAAAAGAAGAUAGAACUCUCGCAAGAGGGUGACACACCACUAAUUGCGGCGGCGCGCGCAGGCGACCUCAACGGCUGCAAGCAAAACCUGAGUCAAGUGACGAAACACAAUAGGGCCGGGCUCACCGCGCUCAUGGCAGCAGCAGCAAAUGGCCACCUCGAGUGUGUCAAGCUUCUUCUCGAGUAUGAGAAGGGGAUCCGGAUGCGCACAACCAAGUGGGACUUCGGGUUUAGUGCUCUCUCUUGGGCUGCGAUGAAUGGACACGUAGACUGCGUGAGGAUCCUCAUCCCGGCAGAGGCUCAGCUGGUCACAGAGCGCAAUGUCACGGCUCUCAUGUAUACUUCGUGGUGGAAUCAGCCUGCGUGUGCGGCUCUCCUCAUAGAACACGAGGCCAAGCUUUGCGACAUCGAUGGACGCACAGCCCUCAUGAUGGCUGCGGAGCGUAAUCACGUCGACUGCGUUCUGCAGCUCAAGGAGAAGGAGCUCAAGAUCACGAUGAAGAGCGGAUACUGGGGUGUCGGGUUCAGCGCUCUGUCGUGGGCCACCAUACGGGGCCACCAUGAGGCGGCUGCCGUUCUCCAGGAGGAGAUUGGAAUCUAUGACGUGAACGGGAUCAGUACGCUCAUGUAUGCGGCUUGGAAUGGAAGUGUCGAGAUCGCGAAGCUGUGCCUUUCCGCCGAGGUUGGGCGCAAUGACGUGUUCGGGAGAACUGCUCUCAUGGUGGCUGCAGAACGCAACAAUAUCGAUGUCGCAAUGCUCGUCGUGGAUAGAGAAGCCGGACUGACGUCCUCGGAUGGGCGCACCGCGCUCAUGAAGGCCGCAGAAAUGGACGCGGUGGAUGUUGCAAAGCUUCUUCUCAGCAAGGAGGCCACAAUGCGCUGCAAAUCUUAUUCCUGCUCCAACUGGGAGUACACUAACGUCACGGCCCUUAUGAUCGCUGCCUUCAAGGGAAGCGCGAAUGUCUGCAAUCUCCUUGUCCAGGAGGAGGCCGGCCUGAAGGACAACUCCGGGUGCACCGCGCUAAUGGCUGCUGCUCAUUGUGGCCACGAAGAGGUCUGCCGCAUCCUUCUUCCAAGGGAGGGCGGGAUGGCCAACAACUCAAAGAGCACCGCGCUCAUGGCCGCAGCUAGUAAGAACUACUUUAGGUGUGUCGAGAUAUUGCUCGAGAAGGAGGCUGGGAUGAGCGUGAACGCCUCCACCAGCGCGCUUACAAUGGCAGCCCGCUGCAACGGAGUCGAUAGCAUCCGCUUGUUGGGGCCUCGUGAGGGCAAGGCGUUCGGAAAGGCUGCUCGCGCAAACACGAUCAACAACGACGUCAAGGCGCUAAUAAAGACCUACAUGAAGUAA